UGGUGUUAGAAAGCGAGUCUGGGCUCAGAGUGAGGUAGAUGUAGAGUAGUAGUCAGGCUGGAUGAGUGGUGCGAGGCGGGUGCACAAGGAAGCCACUUCCGAGAUGCUUGACAAGAGGUUCGACCUGAGUCUGAGUUAGUAGGUGUCAUCCUCACCUGGGAGUGAGUGCCUCUGCUGAGUGCCUCUCUAACACACUCGCCACUCACACACUCAACCCACCUCUAUAUCUGCCCCGACAUUCACUACCGUAAAUCCUCACUACUCGUGAACUGUGUUAUUAAAAGCAGAAGAAGGUGGUGAGAGCCGCCAGGCGUGAAGAAAGCCACGACUGGAGGCCACUAUCCUCCACACAUGUGAGAAGCAGCUGCAGCAGUAAGGCAGUGUAGGAGAAGUAACAUUGGCACAGGGUGGCACCACCUUGACGAGUAGCACUUUAGUCUUACAACACAUGGAGAAGUGGCACUUUCAGUGUCCUACACAACCUUGAUAUAUAUAAUACUUCGUAAGCCCUGAUCUACUUCAAAGAUGCCUUUUCAAAGCUCUACACUUCCCCGAUGAGUGGCACUCUCUGAGUCCUGCUGUACCUUGAUGAGUGGCACUUUCCGAGUCCUGCCGCACCUUGAUAAGUGGCACUUUGAAAGACCUGCACUACCUUGUUAAGUGGCAUAUUUUUUAAGUGCUUCACGACAUUAAUAAGCCGCCUAUUGCAAUAUCCAGCAUUACUGAAACUCACCACUUACGUGAUUCUCUGACGGAAUCUAUAUUAAAUAUUCUCUGGCUACCAAAAAAAAAAAAUCUUCGUUUCGAGUUUUUACUGAAGGACUGUAUACGAACAAUUUUUAAUAAUACCACCUGAAAUUUAUUUAUAAAAUGAUUCACUUUUGGCUACAAAGAUGAUAAUUAAUGGUAUAAGUCAGUAUCUUAUAUUCUGGUAGUUGUUAAGUAGAUCUGUUUGAAAAUGUGGAUUUUAAAGAUAAAUGUGUGUUGUCAAAUAGAUAUUAAAAAAAUAGUCUGUGGGGAGAAAGUGAAAGAAAGUGAAUGCUGAAAGUGAAGAACUAACCACUAGAGUCAUGGAGAACACUGAAGCUUGUCUCAUCUGUAGUCACCUUUCCCGCGCAUAAUGUCGGGCAGCCGGUGGUGGUGGAGCUGCCUGUUACAUAGCGCCGGGGCCUGCAAGGUACCCAGGAAGCAAGAGGAACCCUCCUCUCUCCCCCUCUCCCUGCCUCCACCCCUCACAACUACCAUGACCGAGAAAGAGAGCUAUGAACCUUCCAAAAGACAGUUCGAACCUCCUAUUCUAAUCCAGUGAAGACGACAUGCCGCUGAAAUCUGCAGUCGAGCAAUCGGCGGGACACUACCUGAGACGGUCGAGCCUUCCACUCUUGGGGAGGUGGACGAGGGCGUGGCUGUGGGCGUGUAUGAUAGCGUGGGCUUGCCUGGGAGUGAGUGCGGAGCUGCGGAACUACCCGGAAGCAGAGGAGGACAACCACUUCAUCUUCCGAACUGACGGAACCUACUCUUUCUCCUAUGAUACUGGUUCGGGAAAACACCAGAGCUUCAGGAUCGAGGAGAGGGACUCUCAAGGCCACGUCUCUGGUCGCUUUGGGUAUGUGGACCCCGACGGUGUGCUGAGGAUAACGCAGUAUCGGGCAGACAGUAAAGGUUACAGGGCCAAUAUGGAAGUCUUCCAUCUUGUAAGUGUCUCCCCUAGCUCUCCGCUGAUAGUAGGACCUCUUCCGCAGCGUAUCUCACAACCUGAAACUUUACCUGACUUAGGAGCUCCACCUCGGCACACCACCAGUGGACCUAUAGAACCUUCUCCCUUCAUCCCACCUCAGAGGCCAGUCCUAAUCAUUGGUCCAUUACCGAAACCUCUCCAGCCUCCGAGGAGCCAGCUGGACCAGACACCACCGGACCUAAACGAAGACUCAUUACUAGGAACGACUCCGGAAAAUCUCGUGUUUCUUCCUCCACCAGAACUUUCACGAGAUCCAAGACUACAUGACUCCUCACAAAUUCCAUCGCCAGAAAUCUUGGAUGAGAAACUCUUAAAUGCUGUUCUACAAAGCACAUUUGAAGAGUUAGAGGCGGAAGUGCAGAAUACUUCAAUUAUAAAUACUACUUUUGAAAACAAUCAUGAUACUUUUCAAGAAACAGAUUUGCAAGUUGAGUCAGACGCAGAUCAGCGGAACAUUGCUAAUUUGAAUACUACUUUCAAAAGCACUAAUAAAACUUUGCAGGAUUCAUAUUCAAAAACGGAGUAUGAGGAAGAUGAACGCAAUAAUUUUCUCCUUAAUACUACCUUCGAACAUUCUAACAUCAAUUUCUCUGACACAACGUCCCAAACACACACACUGCAGUCUACAUUAGAAAAUGGCUUUCGUGAUUUACUUCAAGAUUCGCUUCAAAAUUCAGAACAAACUACUAUACAAACGACCAUGCCAAAUAAAGUUGAGGAAGCCGAAGACUCUACCUUAACAGGUCUUGCUGUUCCUUUUAUCUCGGACGGAGACAUGACAAUAAACGUAGCAAAUCAUAAUGAAAAUAAUUCAACUUUUAGCACUUCCUUGCAGUCUGUUUCUGAUAUGUCGGACAUGUUUGUACAAGUGGUUCCCGAACAGUUCAUUAAAAACUUUACUGAAAAAAGACAAAAUGACUUUCAUACUGAAUUUUCUAAUGUUACUAGUGAAAGCACAACACAAAUCCCACUAGUUAUGAGGACAAUAACAAGUGAGACCACAACACAAAUCCCACUAAUUACUAUGAUAAUUAAUACAUCAACUAUUUCUCAGAGCACAACUUCAACAACUGGUGCGUCUUCACCAGGUCUGGGUACCUCCUUGGCUGAUGACGGGAGCACAACAACUCAGUUCACUACUGUAGUUGACAACUUUCCUCCUGCACCCUCGCUCACUUAUCUUCCUGUGAGUGACAGUAGUCACGACAUUCCCGUUGAUGUUUUCUCUCAGCUACCAUCAACAUUUACCCCAUUUGCUUAAGAUCUAACAUUUAUCUAUGCAUCUGAAAUCCACGUUUUUCUCAGCAUGAUGACAAGCAUCAAAAUACAGAAUCGUUUUGUUUAUAAUUUGUAUAAAAACUAAAUAUGUAUAGAAACAUGUAUUUUUUAACUGUGUAUCAUAUUAUGCCUUAAAUGGGGAAGAACUAAGGGGCUAUAAACAAAGUUUAGCUUGAAUAAUGCUAAGAAAUUUAGAGUGUCCUGUGAAAAAUCAGGAUUCAGAUUGACUUUAAAAAGAAAAUUCAGUGAUAGAACAAUUAAGCUCCUCUGGAAAUUUGAGUUAUGAACAGCAGCAGUACAAAUUGUGCAAGACAUCCUCAUACAGAAGAUAAUAAGUUCCUUGGUUCUACUCCCACACGUGUAUAGAAGGACUAAUAGUGUCCUUAUCCUAGCUAGUCAGUCCCCAGAGAUAGUGAAAAUACUGUCCUUAAAUUAUAGUUAAACUAACUGAUGAAGCCUUUGAUUAUAAGGCCAUUUACAUUGGGGAUAGAAGCAUACAAAGUUAGGGCUACAGUAGUAAUCUGACUAUAGCUAUUCAAAUUAACUUAUAUAAUUGUAUGUGCUGAAUGCAGUAAUCAUAUAUUUUAGUUAAAAUCACAAAAAAAGAACUUGCUAAUCCUUUUGCUGUUUAAAAGGCAUUAGAAGAAUUAAGAAUCAUUAAAAAUGAACCUGGUUAUAAAUACUCUUCCCUUAAGGACUGAGGGCAUCUGAAUUCAUCUUUACACGAGACAUGUUAAGCAUUGUUUUGUUAGUUUUCACUUUCUCUCUAUACAGUUCCUAAAGGGGCAUCGAUUUCUUAAUUCAAUGAUCGAUCCAUGCAACUUUUAAGACAGUGUCAAAGCAUAGAUCACAGUGCAUAGAUCUGUAUUGUAACAAUGUUCUUGUCAACUGUAAACAGUGUAUUGUCUUAGAAUACAAUCAAGAAAAUGUAAACCAUGUCAUAUAUUCUUAUGGACUAGUCAUGCAAAGGUUUGAAUUCUAAUAUAAUUUGUGAUACCACUGGUAGGAUCAGGCUACUGGUUAAUCCACUCUUUAUUAUGGUUUGUUAUUAUACGAUCUAUGAUGCUAUUUUUUUUUACUGCUUUCAAUUUUAUAUUAUAAAAUUAAGUAUAUAUAUUGACCAUAUCUAUUUCCUCCGAGUUUUUUUUUUUUUUUUUUUUUUUUUUUUUUUACAAAUACGUAUGGGUGUUGUAAGAAGCAUACUGCAUUUGAAAUACAAAAGACAGUAAAUGGUAUCUGAAUAAAUGGGAAUUAUGAGAACGGAAGGGAACUUCUUCCUCCAGCGGCUGAAACACUUUACUCAGGCUACUAAUGUUUCUGAAAUACAUAAAGUUACUUUGUCAUGUUGCAACAUGUUACCAUAACUCCAGUUUGAGUUGCAAUUAGGGAACCAAUGUGCACUAGUGAAAAUAUGGAUCAGUGUCUUCCAAUAACAUUUAAGCUUCUGUAAACAAUAAUAAUAAUAAUAGUAAUAAUAAUAAUAAUAAUAGCAACAAUAAUUAAGUUAAAAAUUUAUAUCUUUUCACAUUGUGUAGUUAUUUGGUAUAUUAAAGUAAAAUAAUUAAGAGAA